GGAGUAAAACAUUUCCUCUUUCACAUAAAACUUCACUAAACAUCUUCUCCUCUCAACAAUUUACCUCUUGGUUUUGGUCUAUCUCUCGGAACUUCAUUUCCUGUUGUUGCAGACAAAAUUGAAUAGAGAAGAAAGGAUUUAUCCAAAUUCUGAAGUUUAGUUUGAUCCGGACGAUUUUCCGGUUCCUGCUUGGUUUGUAUAGAUUAGAUCUGUUCUCCGCUUUUCCCUUUUUCUCAAGGGAGGAGGCUGCUAAGAGAGAUGAAGCGAUUGCGGGAUGAGGUGUAUAUGAACCCUCAAUUUAAGCGGCCAUUUGGUUCUUCUUCAUCUCGGGGGGAAUCGUAUGGACCGUCACAUACUCCUGUAGGUGGUGGAGGUGGAGGAGGAGGAGGAGGAGGAGGAGGAAGCGGCGGCGGCGGCGGUAGUAGUAAUGGUGGUGGUGCAGGAGUCAGUGGCAGUGGUGCGGGUGUUGCUGCUGGUAGUACACAGAAGCUCACUACUAAUGAUGCAUUGAGUUAUUUGAAACAAGUUAAGGACAUGUUUCAAGAUCAAAGGGAAAAAUAUGAUAGGUUCCUUGAUGUCAUGAAAGAUUUCAAGGCUCAAAGAGUUGAUACUGCCGGCGUCAUAGCAAGGGUAAAGGAAUUGUUUAAAGGGCAUCCUAAUUUAAUCCUUGGGUUUAACACAUUCUUGCCUAAGGGUUAUGAAAUUACCCUUAGCGAUGAGGAAGAGGCUCCACCAAAAAGAACUGUUGAGUUUGAAGAGGCUAUCAGUUUUGUCAAUAAAAUUAAGAAACGUUUUCAAAAUGAUGACCAUGUUUACAAAUCUUUCCUAGACAUCUUGAAUAUGUACCGGAAGGAACACAAGGGAAUAACCGAGGUCUACCAAGAGGUUGCAGCACUUUUUGAUGACCAUCCGGAUCUGCUUGAUGAAUUCACCAGAUUUCUGCCAGAUACUUCAGCUACUGCUUCAGCUCCUCAUCCGUCCUUUGGUCGUCAUUCUUUUCCUCGCUAUGAUGAGAGGAGCUCCGCCUUGCCCACAAUGCGGCAGUCUCUAAUAGAUAAGCAACGACCACGGAGAGACAGGGUUAUUGACCCCAAUGGAGAAAGGGAUCUUAGUGUCGAACGUCCAGAUAUGGAUGAUGAUAAAACAGUUAUGAAGUUGCACAAGGAGCAGAAGAAGCACCCCGAAAAGGAAAACAGGGAUAGGAGAAACCGUGAUCAGGAGGACAGAGAUCCUGAAACUGAGAAUAAUGGAGACACUAGCAUGCAUAGGCUUUCUGAUAAAAGGAAGUCUGCUCGGAAAGUUGAAGACUUUGGGGGCAAUUCGAAUUUUGCCUCCUAUGAUGAUAAAGAUGCAUUGAAAAGUAUGUACAGCCAGGAGUUCACUUUUUGUGAAAAAGUCAAAGAAAGGUUACGCAGUGCAGAUGAUUACCAGGCAUUCUUAAAAUGUCUUCACAUAUACAGCACAGAAAUUAUUACGAGAAAGGAAUUACAGAGUUUGGUUGCUGACUUACUAGGGAAGUAUCCAGAUCUUAUGGAGGGUUUCAAUGAAUUUCUAGAACGCUGUGAGAGAAUUGAUGGAUUUCUAGCUGGUGUUAUGGGCAAAACAGAAACAUUAUGGAAUGAAGGGAAUUCUUCGAAAGCCUUAAGAAUAGAUGACAAAGAGAAAGAACAAAAGCGUGAAGUGGAAGGAGGUAAAGAGAAGGAUAGAUACAAUUUGAAGUACUGGGGAAAGUCCAUUCAAGAACUUGACCUUUCUAAUUGUCAACGUUGCACCCCCAGUUACCGCCUUCUUCCUGAGGAUUAUCCAAUAUCUUCAGCAAGCCAGAGGUCAGAGCUUGGUGCUCAAGUUCUAAAUGAUCAUUGGGUGUCUGUGACAUCUGGUAGUGAGGAUUACUCUUUUAAACACAUGCGGAGAAACCAGUAUGAAGAAAGCCUGUUUAGAUGUGAAGAUGAUAGAUUUGAGCUGGACAUGUUAUUGGAGUCCGUCAGUUCAACUGCCAAGAGAGCAGAGGAACUCUUGAACAGUAUCAAUAAUAAUUCAAUUGGUUCAGAUGGUCCCAUACGAAUUGAGGACCAUUUCACAGCUCUCAAUUUAAGAUGCAUUGAACGCUUAUAUGGCGACCAUGGUCUUGAUGUGAUGGAUAUUUUGCGUAAAAAUCCAUCUCUGUCUUUACCUGUGAUCUUGACACGCCUGAAGCAGAAGCAGGAGGAAUGGACGAAGUGUCGUUCAGAUUUUAACAAAGUGUGGGCUGAAAUAUAUUCUAAGAACCAUUACAAGUCUCUUGAUCAUCGCAGCUUCUACUUCAAGCAACAAGACUCAAAGAACUUGAGCACAAAAUCCCUAGUGGCAGAAAUCAAAGAAAUCAAGGAGAAAAGGCAGAAAGAGGAUGACGUACUUCUUAGUAUUGCUGCUGGAAGUAGACAUUCGGUCAUUCCAAACAUGGAAUUUGAAUAUGCCGAUAGUGAAGUUCACGAAGACGUCUUUAAGAUUAUAAAGUAUUCGUGUGAAGAGGUCUGCUCCACUAAAGAUCAAUUGAAUAAAGUUAUGAGGUUCUGGACAACAUUUCUUGAGCCGAUGCUGGGUGUUCAUGCCCGGCUGCAUGGUUCAGAGGCUAAUGAAGACGAUGGUGUCUCUAAACGUAAAACAGCGAAAAGCACCACAGCAAGUGUAUUAGAAAGUGAAGGCAGUCCCAAGGCCGAUGCUACUAUCACAAACUUGAAGCAACCAAAGUCCAGCUGCAAUGGUGAUUCUAAUACAUCACCACAAAGACCGAAUUUCAGCCGGACUGGCUUCAUGAAUGUGGAAGCCCUUGCCAAGGACGGAGCUGUGGCUUCUGGUGAAAGAUUAACCAACCCUGACCUAGCUGUUACUGCUGGACCAGAUGUUAAUCAUGGGCGUGGUGCAAAUCCUUCUCGAACAACUAAUGGUCCCCUUGAGGAAGCCAAUGAAGCCAAGCCUAGUAUGGAAGAUAUCCUUUCCUCAGAGGGUGGGGAGACAUCCAGAUUGAAUCAAUUGACAAAUGGAGAGUUUGCAGAAGGGUCUAGACUUUCUGGAUACAAUGAAGAUUCUGUUGAUCCUUGUAAAAACGAGAAAGAAGAAGGUGAGCUGUCCCCUAAUGGUGAUUUUGAAGAUAACUUUGGUGCAUAUCAGGACAGCAAUUUGCAAGCCUUGCCCGAGAAAAAUCGUAGCAGUGAAGGGAUGCAAGGUCAAAUGGGGGGUCAUGAAGAGAUUUGUGCCGAUGCUGCAGGUGAAAAUGAUGUUGAUGCUGAUGAUGAGGAUAGUGAAAAUAUUUCUGAAGCUGGAGAAGAUGUUUCAGGCAGUGAGUCUGCUGCCGAUGAGUGUUCACGUGAAGAGCACGAGGAAGAGGAAGACGGAGAGCAUGAUGACCUUGAUGGUAAAGCUGAGAGUGAAGGUGAGGCCGAGAAUACUAGUGAAGCUCACUGUAACGGGGGAGAUGGUGCAUCGGUGCCACAGUCUGAACGGUUUCUGCUGACGUGUAAACCUCUGUCAAAGCAUGUGGCAUCCCCAUUAGUAGGUGAUGAGAAAAAGGGUCGACGUGUUUUUUAUGGAAAUGACACCUUUUACGUGCUAUUUAGGCUCCAUCAGACACUGUAUGAGAGAAUAUUAUCAGCCAAGGUGAACUCAAUAUCUGGUGAAUCAAAAUGGAGAACCACAAAGGAUUCAAGUUCUGAUCCCUAUGCCAGGUUCAUGAGUGCUUUAUUUAGUUUACUUGAUGGAUCUUCUGACAAUACAAAAUUUGAAGAUGAUUGUCGGUCUUUGAUUGGAAACCAGUCCUAUGUGCUAUUCACUUUGGAUAAGUUAAUAUAUAAGUUGGUCAAACAGCUCCAAACCGUUUCAAGUGAUGAGGUGGAUUGUAAGCUGCUUCAAUUGUAUGAAUAUGAAAAAUCUAGGAAACCAGAGAAGUAUGUUGAUUCAGUUUAUUAUGAAAAUGUCCAUGUCCUUCUUCAUGAUGAGAACAUUUACCGGCUUGAAUGUACAUCUUCCCCUACCCGCUUAUCUAUCCAAUUGAUGGACGAUGGAAAUGAGAAGUCCGAGGUUGUUGCAGUUUCGGUAGAUCCUAAUUUUGCAUCGUAUCUUCACAAUGAUUAUCUUUCAGUUGUUCAUGGAAAAAAGGAAUCGUCAGCAGUUAUGCUGAAAAGGAAUAUGUCCAAGUAUGCUAAUCUAGAUGAAUCCACUGCUCUGUAUAUGGCUACAGAAAAUGUUCUGAUCAUGAAUGGCUUGGAAUGUAAGAUGGCAGCUGCCUCAUCAAAGAUCUCAUAUGUUCUAGACACUGAGGACUACUUUAUUCGUCUGGGGCGGAGAAAGGCAGCAGCAAGAUCUUCACGCAAUGAAAAGGCGAGGGUGCAACGGUUUCACCAGUUUUUGGCAGCCAAUAUAUGACCCUCUCUGUGAUGCCAUGAGUCAUGGAACUUGAUCCUUUCAGAGAAUCGCUCCAGCAUUUUAUUUAUUAACUUGUCAACGAGUCAAUAACCAUGAGGGAGCAGCGACUUUCUUGGGAUCGAAUCAUCUUUUCGGGUUAAUUCAAUGGCACAUGCGCCAUUGCUCUGUACAUAGUAAGGGUUGGCCCUUAGUGUUAAUUUGUAGAGUCCUGUGUUAAUUUGAUUGUAUUGCAUUAACGGGCGUAAGUAUAGCCCUUUCCUGUUUGUUCCUGUGAUAGAUUUCUUGUGAGUUUCUGGCUGUGAUAUUCAGCUAGAUAAUGUAAGAGACAAUGGGAUAGGGAGAAUGGCAUAGCAGAAUGACAUUCAGCUUCUCAACAUGUUUUCUUGAAUGUGUAUAGAGUUAUCUUUGCAAUUUUCGUGUUCUUCUUGUGAAAACAGACCGAAUGCAUGGAUAGCUACCGUAUCAGCAUAUCGAAUCUGGUAACGUGACAGGUGAACACACGGUGGGAAGUUAAACAUAUGGACGAGAUUGGAAAUUUGGAUUACUAUACAUUU